AUGGACGACGAAGUCAUAUUCAUUCGCGCGACUACGACAGGAAAGCGCGAGGCAGCAGAAUAUGCCAAUCCUCCUCCGGCGAGGCCUGCACAGCCCAGUGACGUCCCUACAGAACGUCAAGAGCGGUAUCUUGCACGAGAGAAAAGCAAGACUACGGAGGGCUAUAUCGCGAGGCUGGACGAUGCCCUCAAGCGGAAGCAGAGAGGCCUCCAAAGCAACGAUUCUUCCCUCCAAGGUCAAGUUGCCAUGCUCAAAGCGCAGAUUGCGAACCAGGAGGAAUCUUCCAGGGUAGAGAUCAAAAGUCUCCGCGAGCACAAUGCGAAGCUUGAGUACAAUGCAACCGCACACAACGACAAAACCCGUGCUCUGGAGGCCAAGAUUCUCAGCUUGACAGAGGAAGUCCGUGAGCAGAAGAGCCUGCACAAAGCGGGAUCAAGCGAUGACGCCCGAAUCCUAAAAAGAAGAAUCAAGCUGUCCAUAGAGAGAGCCGAGAGGCAGAAGCAGCAGAUUAAAGACCUAGUCAAGGAAACCGACACUCUAUCCCGCAAAGUCGAGAAGCUGAAAGCCGAGCGUCAAACCACCAGGCCUGAGCAAGGCAACACUGCGGUACUUGACCAAUCCGACCAAAUCAAGACCCUCCAAGCUCACGCCGCGCGACUAAAGCAAAAGCUCCGCGAGCGUGGCGACCACCUCAUCCGACUAAGUCGCGACAACAUUUCGCGAACGGAACUGCGAAGGGAGAAGAAAGCUGCGUUAGAAGCUACCAAGUCGCUGCGUACGCAUGUCGCGGGGAUGUUCAUACACUACCGCGCUCUUUCCGAGAAAAACGCCGUGUUGCUAGAGAAGCUCUCGGGUAUGGCGGAAGCGGGUGGGUUUGGAGAUCCGGGGAGCUUGUAUCGGAAGGAGCUGGAUAGGUUGAAGGGGCAGCCGAUUGAGGAGUUGUACGAGUAUAAGAGCAGGGUGUGA